AUGGACACGAGAAAUCAAGUCGCCCACCAGCUCAAGAAUAUUGCCGUACGAUUCCUGGUUGCUGUCAAAGUCGUGAUCUGGUCGAGCCCCGUCAACCUCCUGCUUGUGUUUGUGCCCGUCGGGAUCGCUGUGCACUUCGCACGCAUGCAAGCUGGGGUGGUCUUCGCUAUGAACGCCGUCGCGAUAGUACCUCUGGCCGGCGUCCUCAGCUACGCCACCGAGAGCGUGGCAAGCCGCCUAGGCGAUACCGUCGGCGCUUUGAUGAACGUGACCUUUGGGAACGCCGUCGAGCUCAUAAUAUUCAUCAUUGCGCUUGUCCAGAACCACAUCCGCAUCGUGCAGGCGUCGCUCGUGGGCUCUAUCCUGGUCAACUUGCUCCUGAUUCUGGGGAUGUGCUUUCUCCUCGGCGGACUCCGAUUCCGGGAGCAGAUCUACAACAGCACCGUCACGCAGAUGAGCGCCUGUCUGCUUGCGCUGAGCGUGAUCAGCCUGCUCUUGCCGACCGCGUUCCACGCUUCAUUCAGCAGCGAGACGAGGGCAAACAAUGAGGUCCUGCAGGUCAGCCGAGGAACAAGCGUCAUCAUGUUGAUCGUGUACUUUCUGUACCUGGUGUUCCAGCUCAAGUCGCAUUCCUACAUCUACGCCUCGACGCCUCAGGGGUUGGUCGACAGGGAGGCAGUUCCGGGUCCUGCGGCCCAGUACUUCAACUCGUCUGGCUCGGAGGGAUCGUCAUCUGAUUCGGACUCGGACGGGUCGCCAUCGCGGUCAUCGAAGACUGCUCGGAGGCUCAGGCGAAUGAUGAGGAAGGGGAAGAGGGCGCAGAGUGUGGGGUCUGACGGAGGCACGAACCCGGAUUCCGAGACAGCUGUUGCGACGACCAUUUCCUCCAGGUCUAAUGGUACUGGCACCACCGAUAGUCCGGACGCCGUCGAGCCAAAUCACGCUGCUGUUGCCACAGACGAAAAGGGAGCGUCAGCCGCGGGCGCCACACGCUCUGAGUCCCCGAGACGUGACCGGAAGCCGAAGCACAAGCAGCGAUCAAAAGGUGACGGCGAUGAGGGGAAAUCCAGCCGCCGCCACAAAACAGCUCCGCCGUCAUCUCUCCCAACACAUGACGGAACAGGACGAUCCGAGUUCGCAGCCGGCCCUGCUCUCGAAGCGCAGACGGGAUCGACCCAACCGCGGCCGUUCUCCGCACGCAGCCUGCUGCCGCUCAUUCCCGACAUGCCCCAUCACGGCCGCCACCAACCGCCCCCCUCCCCAUCCCGCACGACCGCCGUCAUCCUGCUGCUCCUCUCGACCGGCCUCGUGGCCGUGUGCGCCGAGUUCAUGGUCUCGUCGAUCGACCGGCUGGUGGCGGCGGCGCCGGGGCUGUCGGAGGCCUUCAUCGGGCUGGUCCUGCUGCCGCUGGUGGGCAACGCGGCGGAGCACGCCACGGCGGUCAGCGUGGCGCUCAAGAACAAGGUCGACCUGGCCAUCGGCGUGGCCGUCGGCAGCAGCAUCCAGAUCGCCCUGUUCGUCACGCCGCUGGUCGUCAUCCUCGGCUGGGCGCUGGGCAGGGACAUGAGCUUGUUCUUCACCCUGUUUGAGACGGUGUGUGUGUUCGUCAGCGCGUUCAUUGUCAAUUUUUUGGUGCUCGAUGGGAGGAGCAAUUACCUCGAGGGCGCGCUGCUCUGUGCGGCGUAUGUGAUCAUUGCUGUAGCCGCGUUUUUCUACCCGGACUCCAAGGCGGCGAAUGUGCUGGGCGGUGGUGGUUGA